UUUGGCCACGGUCCCUGAAGCAGGCGCGGCGCCCCGCCGCCGGGGGAGGCUUCGUUCUCCCCAGCCUCUUCCUCUUUGCAGACACUCCCUAGGCUGGUGCUGCGUGAGGGGCCCGGGGGGGGGCGGUGGUGCUGCCCCUGGUGCAUGGGGCUUGGCAGCCGCGUUGCGUGCGAGGUGCCCGCUCUCUCCCCUGGGCUUCCAGGCUGGUUUGUGUUUGCCUUUGGGUGCCACCAAACUAGGCCUGGUACCUGCUCUCCUCCACCUGGGGUGGCCUGGCCAUCAUAGAAGACAGGCUGGUUGUCCUCUGGCCUCUAUUGCUACGAAACCCGACGCCUUUUUUCUUCUUACGCACCUGUCUCACCACUGGCUCUUGCCGAGUGCUGUAGGGUUUGGAGGUGUUUUAGGUCCGUGGUAUUACUACAGGCUAAAAUGCCUCCUGAAUCCAGUCCCAAGGAACCAGGAGCUUGAGUUAGAAAUCACGAGACUUUUUCAAUUAGAAAAUGGUUGGGUAUUUGACUUCUGAUUUCUGAGCCCUUAGGUGUCAUAUUUUUCAGCUGUGAAAUCUUCCUCUUUUUUUUAAAUUUAUAUAUUAUAACCAGACUCCAGAAGCUUGGGUUUGAGGAGCACACCAAAUACUGGGAACAUCAUGAGUGGCCUUAAUAUUGAACUCCCAUAUCAGGACUUUCUAGACAUGCUGUUGCUUGGGUUGCCACAAAUACCACAUUUCCAGACAUGGCAGCUGUUAGUGGUAUUGAUCAGAAUUGGAGGUCAAACGUCCAUCCAAGAAUUCAGGACUUCAGAGUUACACUGCUCAUGUUCAUCUAAAAAAGAAACAUAAUUAUUUUCCUUACUUUACUCUUAAUCGUAAAUUAAUAUUUAAAUACUACAGUUAAUAUUUUAAUGCUACAGUUAAUAUUUUCCUGAUUUAAAAUACAAGAUUUUUGUGGGUGAUAACUUUUAUUGAGCUGAAUAUAAAAAAGAUAUCACCCACAAAAAUCCUUGCCUCUUGCAGCUUCUCUGUGACAUCAUGGCUACAUCACUCCAACACUAUCAGUGUAUUUGAUAACUAUUUAUCACCUGCAUUGGAGAGUAUAUGAAAAAUCUCUUUAUUUUCUUACUGUGGACAUGAAUGCUGCAAAUCAAAGUAUGCCACUGUGGCUUUUCUAAUUGAAAUAUGUUCUUCUACAAUGUGUCUCCGUCUAGCCAAACCUGUAGAGAAAAAAAAGCAAAUGAUCACAUUCUCUGUUCGACAUAAAUCCAGCUCAUAGCUCAACUGUAUGUUGGCUACCACAUUUUGAUCUUGAAGAUAUACUUCAUGUGCAGUACCAUGGCAAGAAAUUUUGGUUCCUGGGUCAAAGCCUACAGCAGCAGCCCCCCCUCGCCCCACAUACAGAUCCGCACGCAGUGGUGGAAGCCUCCCCCCAUCCCUGCGUUCCCCAAAACGAACCGCUCACAGCUCCGUCCUGCACCCCGCCCUGGCUGGGCAGCAUCUGUUGGCACCCCUUUGCUUCAGCGCCUGUGGUGGUUGCCCCCGCUCACCCCCUUCCUUGCUAUGGCACUGUUUUCCACACAUUUCCUGAAUAUUUAACCAGUAUUACUUGACUGUGCUCUGAUUUCCUAGACUUAAACUUUUAUUUGAAAUUAUAUAAAUGUAGAAGUGAUAAAUUUUAGAUAACGUUUUUUUGAUUGCUGUCAGUCAAUUUACCAAACACAUUGUGUGUGUUACCAUUGUUUCAAUCCUAUGUCUUAUUCUUUCCAGUUUUUCCUGUUCUAUGCUGUUCAUUUAAGAGACAUCAAGUACAUCAACGAGAAAUGGCUAAGCAAAAUUUGCCAUCAUUGGCUGAAGUGGUAAAAGAAGUAGCAGAGCAGCAACAUAUACAAGCAUCAGAGAUAGAAAAGAGCAAAACAGUCCUUGCCCAGUUGCAGUUUGAGCUUCAGGACCUUGAAAGCCAAAGGGACUCUAUUUUAUUAGACACAAAAGCAGCAGAAAGGCAAAUUUAUCAGAAAGAUGAUGCUAUAGAAAUGACAGAAUGUAUCUGUAAAAGUCUGGAGGCCCAAGUCAGAUCCCUGUAUGCUGAAAAUGUAAAGCUUAAACUUGACACAGAAACAGCUGAAGAAGAAUUUGAGGUGAUGCUUGCAAAUAACAAUGCAUAUCGUGAGAAAAUAUUGGUCCAUAAAGCACUAUUUUGGGAGAUUGAAAGCAAAAUGCCAGUUAUGACUGAGCUUGCUAAAAAACAGUCCAUAGUUAAAGAGCUGAAGACAAAGAAGGAGCAAUUAAUGCAUAAUCUCCAGAAUCCUGAAGGAUAUCUUAUAAAACAAGUGCAGGAAGAAAUUACACACUUAAAAGAGAAAAUUACUGUAGUGAAAGAGUCUAUCAAUGAAAAGAAAAAACACCUUGAAGAAGAGAAAAAAAUGCAUGCUAAGCUUAGAAAAGAGAUUGAGGUACAGAAUAAAAGAUGUGAUGCUAUUCUAAAACGUUUGCAUUGUCAACUGAACAAAUUCCAAUCGAAUAAAAGACAGUGGCACUGGAAUAUUCAACAGAUGGAAAAAAGGGCAGCUGAACUAAGAAAAUGUCUGGGAAUACCAGAGUGCUAGUGCACAAAACAAAUCACAUUAAUUUAUAACAUGGGUCAUCCUUUAUAAGUAACAGAUGGUUGCUGGACAUAAUCCAUUGAACCUUAGAUCAAAGAUAAGGAUUUUUUUUUCCUUUUCCAAGGUUUUCUCCUUCCUGCUGCAUGCCCUAGAAUACUUUGUGUUCCAUACUCACCCUUUAGUAACCUGGAACAAUCUUUCCUUUUGUUCAUGCCUAGGAAGGAAUUAAUUGAAGUUUCUAGGCUGCCUCCAAAGCAUCAACCAAUUUUAUUUAAAUACUUGCAAGCCUCACACAUCCAGUUAAGUUUGGGAGCUUCCUUUUGGUUUGAUUGGAUAUUUUAAAAAAUGAAAAAGGUCUUCACUGUAUAACAUCCAGAAGAAUGUGUGUGCAGCGUAUCAUUGCAUUUAUAGGGAUAGAAAACCUGAUCUUUCAUGCACAGACCUAAUAAGGGCAAUAUGCUAAGUAACUUUGGGAUCUAACUUUGUAGCAUGGAAUUUUGCCCUGUGAAAAAAUUAUUUAUGAGGCACAGCAGUUUUCCUGUGUUUCAAGUACCAGGAUUUCCUUGGCAGUAGCAUGAGUGUGUGGGUAAGAAAGAGAAUAUAAGAAGGUUUCUUAUUAUAAAAGAAUCAGAGACAAAGGCAGCUCUAGUGCCAUGAUACUGUCUGUGCCUCUAAGAAUACAGCCCACCCCAAAAUGAGCAGAGAGAAUGCUCCUGGGUUCUCUGGAACAGUUGCUCCAGAACUCUCAGGUGCAUUGCUAUGGAGGUGCAUUGCUACGUGGACUGAGAGUUGUGGGUAAAAACCCACAGUCCAACUCCAUGGAGGCAUCCAGACAAGCAUGCAUGAGCACUGUCAAAAAAAACCACUAAAAAAACCAGGGUGGUAUAUGUGGCAGCAGCGUGCACUGCCCAAACUGGAACUUGGCUGACGGCCAUGCUUUCUGCUUCAGGAUUGUCGCAGCUGUGGCCUCUGGAGGCCCCUGGGACCCCAAGGUAAGGCUGCUGGGAUCAGCCCAGAUACUGGCCCCAGCCUCCCCUACCCCACCUGGGGCAAUGUGCUACAUGCCAGAGCACCCAUGUACAGGUGUUUCCUGGGGACAAGUAGCAGUGGCACAUAUUGUGCCGCUACUGUUUGUUCCUGGGGAAACACGUUCCCACUUGUGGGGACACGCCCCAUAGUAGCAGUGGCUGAAGAUCAGAGGGAUGAAUUAAAUCUCACCAAUAAAGAUCACUUUCUAGAGACCAGUUUUGUUUGAAGCAUGCAGCUGUAUGUUUUCUGCAUUAAAGAGUGAUACAAUAAAUUUAAAAAGUAAAAUUGUAAUGCAAACUACUUCCAUUUUUAUGGAGCAGUUCCUAUAUUACGCCUGAUUUUGUUCUUGUCCAGAUCAAUGAAAAAAAAUUCUUCCUGCUUCAGAUGGACUAGAAUAAGCCCUUAUGUGUGCUACUGUGACAGAGAACAAUGAAACGAGAGGGAAAUCUCAUGCUUUUUUUCCAGGCAAAAAAGGCAUACCGUUUAAACUGUAAUUUUUUUUUUUAAGUCAUUUUAGUUUCAGGCUCUGUUUCCCUCUCAGCAAGAAGAUUUGCAUUAUGUGACAAUUCAAAACAAAGUUUUCUCAAGUCAUUUUUUCUUUUCUAUGUAGUGAAAUAUUUUUUGCAGAAGUAAACAGUUUUCUGUCUAGACUUCCUCAAUUAACCUGCUGUGCUCAGGCUCAGUUUCAGGAGAGCAUUGCACGUUACUUCUUGAUCACAAUACUUACAAGACUGUCAUACAUUAUUUGUAGCACUUUAAAGAUAAUAGUGACCACCAUAGCCUUCCAUUUAAGACUCCUUAGAAACUGAGUGAAUACCAGAACUUUUCUUCUGCAUUUUUAUAUUGUUAUAUACUCCACUCUUCGGGAAUUUUAUAUUAACUUAAUUCUUGUACUUUAUGUGAAAAUUUAGUCUGGAUAGAAUUAGUAAUAUUUAUAUGUAUUCCUUAAAGUAUUUAAAGAUGGACUAGAUGAGGUAUAUACUUAAUUCACUUAGAGACUUCUUUAAACAUGUGUAUGUGGAUUUUUGUCAGUUUGAUAUAUAGUGUUGCAUUUACAGGAUUUUCUUAUUAAACUGCUGGGAGGUAUUGUUUAUUAUUAGAAAGCAAAAAGGUAAUGUGCAUUAUUAUUAAUGUUCUUAUUUUAUUAAUUCAAUGUAAGCAAAUCAAUAAAAGAUGUACUUUUUGAGUA